AUGAAGAUGUGUGACUCUGGGGAAUGUGACAGUCGGGGGAAGCCUGCUCUGUCUUUUUCUAUUGAGGAGAUCUUAAAGAAACCCUCUGCUAGGACCUGCCUAAACAGUACACCAAGGACUAGCUGGAGCCAUGCCAAAGCAGCUCCAGCCAUGGGAUCAGAGCCACAGCUGGAACUUGCCCUGGAUUCCAGCAGCAUGUGGAAAUCAGACAAUGCCUUACCUUCAGCAAAGAUGCUUCGCUCAGCCUCACCCUCUGCACUUGUGGCCAAUGCCAGCGGAAUGUGGCCAGUUCACUGCAGAAGACCCACUGCCCUGGAUGCAAGCCCAACUGCCUUUCUCAGUGAGGAUGAGGUACAUGAGCACCUAGGAGGCAAGAGAAAACAUGAGGAAGAGGAAGCUCAGCUGUGUGAUUUCCCAGCAGACCAUCCACUCCAUGAUGAGAGGAAAGGGAAGCGGAGAAUCCGGACGACAUUCACAGCAGAGCAGCUCCAAGAGCUAGAGAAGAUUUUCCAGGUCACUCACUAUCCCGACAUUCACAUCCGCAACCAACUGGCAGCAAAGAUCAAUCUCCCCGAAGCCAGGGUCCAGAUCUGGUUCCAGAACCAGCGAGCAAAGUGGAGGAAACAUGAAAAAUUUGGCUAUUUUGGUGGCCUCCAGCAUCUGACCGAAGCCGAUUUCAUUCCAGCUCCAAAGUUGGAAAUCACAGGUUCCAGCCCGAUGCCCAGCAACGUCCGUGCUGCAGGCCCCCCCAUUGAGUAUUACUCACCAGCCCAAGGGUAUCUGACAUCAGCCUGGCUGCCCAACACAUUGCCUUUUGCUCCCACACACUUGGACCCGCUGCCCUUGCCUAAAUGUUAUCUGUUCUUUGACUACCUCCCUCCAUAUGGCAUCCCUCUGCCCCAGAAGACUGAAUGGAACAGUGUUUGUGCCAGUUCCACAUAAAAGAGGAUGAGGAGGAGCAGGAGUGGGAGACUCUGGGGGCAUCCUUUCAUCAUUUCUGACAGAUCAUGUUCAUGGGCAGGUGGGGUUCUCUUUGGAACAGGACUGCUCAGCCUUUGGAUGGCGUGUGGUGCGAAGCCAGCUUGGCAUAGCAGUCAUAUUGUAGCAGAAAACCAAAGCCGGGCUAACACCAUAGAGUACCACUGAACCUUGGAAAGUGCUCUAUCAUCAUCCUUAAGAAGAGUGUGCUUUGAAACAAUAUGACUUUCCAGAGGUCAUGUACCUAAUGGGAUAGUGCAUUAAGCAGUCCUGGUGAAGAGCUGAAACUUUCUUCAGCCCUCAGAAAACACCGAAUGAUCUUGUUGCAUGGAUGAUCUGAGGCAUUGAGAUUUUAGCAGGUUGAAUUCCUGUGCUGAGGCCCACUAGUGAUGGUCACUACAAAAACCCUGGCUAUUCCACUGACCAAAAUGGUUGACCCAAGCAGAUGUGGGUCUCUUUCCUUGCAAAUGUCACAUUGGUCCUGUUUCUCUGGAUGGAAGAAGAUUUAGGUCAAAGAUCAACCUUAACUUGUUUUCUCUGG